CUUGCCAGUCUGGUUGUUGCUAUCAAUAAAACAACUGUUAUUACAAGUGGUGAUUAAUGUCAAGUAAAUGUGUUAACAUUCCAGCUUAGCCAUGUAAUUACAUUGGGCCUGUUUAAACAAGCGAGAUAGACAAACGUGUAAUCGGGUUAGCACAUUAGCUUAAAAACUGCUGUUCAUUCGGAAACACUUUAGCUCCAUCUUCUGGAGAACAAGCACAGCUGCAAACAUCUGUCUGCUCAAACAUAACAGAGAGCACGUGACAUCACUGCAUUAACAUUAACACAGUGACUGCGGCCUCUGCCCUUCGUUUCAUGCUGCUGAAGCAAACAAAAGCCUGAAUGCAUGAAUUACCUGUUGGGUUCAUGACUGUUGAUCAUUUCAUUAAGCGUGCAUCAUAUUUUAACUGCUCUAAACUUGAUUUUGUAUGAACAAUCAUGAAAGUAGUACACUGGGAAAAUACUCCAUGACUCUAAGAGACUAAACGUAGUACCAAGUAUUAUUAGCAAAAUACAUCAGAAAGUCAUGCAGAACUCUGAGGGCCAUCAAAUUAUAUUUUGUAGAUAAGCAGCAAUUUCCUGUGAAGUGGUUUGUCUACUUUUGAGUGGUGUCAUCCCUCCAAAAGCAUUUUAGUGCAUCCUAAUCUUAUUCUGCGUUGUGACACGUGAUGUUAAUUAAUGUAGCAGAAUAGAAGUAGAAAGUAAAGCAAACGGAAAUCCAAGUAGCUUAUUGCAUUUUCUCGAAGGAUAGUAAACACAUCAGUCACAGUUCUAAUGGAGUGUUUCCUAUAAUGUGAUGAGGUUCUGCUUUUGCUCAUUUACAAAACAAUAGAGUUAAAAAAGAUGAUCAAAUUUAUGCAAAUGCAAUGCAGCCCAUACAAUCUUGUGUAUUUUAUAAUACACUUGAUUUCUGUUCAGUAAACUCUCUUUGAUUGCAUUCGUUAAACGGUGUUGACAGUUGGGAUGAGAAUGGCACCAACGGUCGUGUUGUGUACAUUUUGACAGUGAUUCAUAUUUAAAAAAUAAUCAACACUUGUGCAGAUAAAUCACUUCUCAGCAGCGGCCCUUGAGCUGUGGGACAAAAGAUGGACAAAGGACGCUCCUCCUUUGAAACAAUCAAUUAACGCAAUGCAGUUGAAAAUAAUGAAUGUGAAGAAUAUUUCAUGAAAGGAUCUCUGAGAAUCCUCCCUGAAAUCGUGUUUUCGUUUGUUUAUCUCCAGGAACAUGUCCAGUGACUUCCUUUAGAGGGCACCCUUUGUACAGAUGGGUUCUGAAUAGAGCGCCUAAACGAGCACUACCAGGUAAUCAAUUCACGAUCACAUGGUAGCGUCCACGAUCUGCUGACUUUCACAUUCCACAUCCGCCUGUCGGUCUCCGUCUCGGUGGCUGCGCGUGUGACGUGCGCGCGGCGCGCUGCACAUCUGCACGGAGCGCCGCUGCUGCAGAAGGACGCGUCCGCCUCCCUGAGCGCUGUCACAUGGGCCCGAGGACCAGGGAGCCGCUUCCUGAAAUGAUCCUCGCCGCUGGCUUCGUGUCGUUUUGGGGCUUUUACUCUGUAACGUAGCAUCGCGAUCGAUCCCCCCCCCCCCCCCCUCCCCCUCCCCCCGGCCCCCCCGGCCCGGAACCUCUUUCCGCAGUCGGCUCCCGGUGAUGAUCAGCAAAGUGAAGAACGCGAUGUCCACUCUGGUGGGCGGGAUGGUGCCGCACGGACACCACCACCAGCACCACCAGCAGCACCAGCAGCACCAGCAGCACUCGGGGGGAAGAGAGCCCUGCGGGGCGGACAGCCUGCCGCCGCGCUUCCCCUACGGCCGGCCGGACUUCUUGGACCUCACCCCGGAGCUCCUGCAGUACUCCACGGAGCACGCGUCACGGCCGGUGCUCACGGUGAAGAGGGACAGCAGGCUUCCGUGGCGCACGGGAUACGCGGAGGUGAUCAAUGCGGGGAAGAGCAUGCUGAACGAGGACCAGGCCUGCUGUGAGAAGGUGUUCGUGAAGAAGCCGAGUGGCAAACACCGUAACUCGUCCAUGCUGGAGGACAACGGGGAUGGCACAGGACUCCCUCUCCAUUUCUGGGGCGUGUUUGAUGGACACGCUGGCUCCGGAGCCGCCAUCAUGGCCUCCAAGCUGCUGCACCGCCUCAUCAGAGACCGCUUGGGAGAAGUCUGCCACCUGCUGGAGAACCCCGACUGUGCGCCGCCCAUCUGCCUCGCCAAGAACGGGAGCCCGUACCAGGCGGACAGCAAGAAGGGGGCCGCGCAGGAGCCGGAGGACCCCGACGCCGUCAGCGACGCCUCCGUGCGCUUCCACAUGGAGAAGGUGGUCAGCCUGGAGAGCCUGGUGAUGGGAGUCAUAGAGACCGCAUUCACACAGAUGGAUAACCUGAUUGAGAAAGAAAAAGCAUCAUAUGCCAUCUCUGGUGGAUGUUGUGCCUUAGCUGCCAUUCAUUUAAUGGGGAAACUCUACGUAGCGAAUGCUGGAGAUAGCAGGGCCAUAAUCAUACGAAAUAAUGAAGUUAUUCCGAUGACGAAUGAAUUCACACCAGAGUCCGAGAGACAGCGGCUACAGUAUCUGGGCUUCCUGAGGCCUGAGCUGCUGGGGAACGAGUUCACCAGCAUCGAGUUCCCUCGCAGGAUCCAGCACAGCGAGCUGGGCAAGAAGAUGCUCUACAGAGACCACACCAUGAGCGGCUGGGCUUAUAAGACGAUUGUGGAAGACGACCUGAAAUUCCCCCUGAUUUAUGGAGAGGGAAAAAAGGCACGCGUCAUGGCGACGAUCGGAGUGACCCGAGGGCUGGGAGACCACGAGCUGAAGGUGUACAACUCCAACAUCUACAUCAAGCCCUUCCUCUCGUGCGCCCCAGAGGUGAAGGUUUACAACAUGGAUGAAAUCCAACACGGCCCGGACGACGUCUUGGUCAUGGGCACAGAUGGAUUGUGGGACGUAACGACGGACCGGGAGGUGGCGGACGCUGUGACGGCCUACCUGUCCUGCUGUGACCCCUCCGAUCCAAUGAGGUACACCCUGGCGGCCCAGGACCUGCUGAUGAGGUCACGCGGCGUGCUGAAGGAGCGCGGCUGGCGGCUGCCCAACGAGCGGCUGGGCUCGGGCGAUGACAUCACCGUGUUUGUCGUCCCGCUGGCGAGGCAGGAGUCAGAGACAUGACGAGGUGUCCACCCGGUGUCGGCGACAGGGACGAUGCCCCCCCCCCCCCCUCCCUGGCCCCUCCUAGCUCCCUCCACCCCGGGGCCGGCGGGAGACGGAAGCGCCUUUGUCACAUGGGAGGCUCGGGUGGGACCAGCGGCCCCGUCGACCCGGUCCACAUCAUCUGGUUUGUCAUGUGACGGAAGGUUUGCAGUGACAUCACCAGAGUCUCCCUCUUCCUGCUGUUCGGUCGCCGGGCAGAAUUGAACCUCUUGUAUUGUAUUUUUGUUCUUCGGGUUGAUCAAUAGAUCCCUGUCUGUAGCGCAUGUGGGACGUGGAAGGGACCUCUGGGUUACUGAUGGAUGAAUGAAUGAUGCACAUCUACGUGUUGGUUCGUGAUUUCCUCCUAUUGAAUGUGCUUCUACUUUUGUCUUUACAAUAAAAAAAGUUUUACUUGGAUUCAGUAAAAAAAAUCAAAUGAAGGAAAGGGAUCUUUUUUUUUCAUUUUUGAACUUUCAGAGGAGAAAAGUAAUCUGUUAUCAGUAAAUGUUUUGGUAGAAUAAGAUGUGAUAAACUUCACCCAUAUGCCUUUCUAAGAGAUUUAAGUUUUUUCCCCUCAGAUGCACUAAAAUUGAUAUUUGUAGAAGAGCAUUGUAUUCCCUUAAAUGUACCGUAUACCUCUUUUUUAAAAUCAUCAUUAUGUUAUUUAGACUAGCCAUAUAUUUUUGAAGACAUGGUAGCAAACAGUAUCUGAAUUUUAUUUUUAUGUUUCUAUCCAUUGAGUGUGUGUUAGGAGAGGUGUGUCCUAGUGUACGAGGCAGAGGGAUAACGUGUACCAGCUUGGAAAUAAAUCUCAUUUUUCCCUUUUAA